UUUCUUAGAACUGCAAACAGUUUGGCCGGCAGCUCUGACUUUGCUUUGGUCACUGCUAGCCUCUCUCCCGCGGCUCGCACAGAGGCGCAGCUUCUGGCUUCUCUCCCAUACCUCCGGGACCUAGGACGGCCCCACGCGCGCCUACCGAGCCCAACAUGUCGUGGAACUUGACCGCGGAGCAGCUCUCGGCGCUGCUUCGGCUGCACAACCUGACGCGCGCGCAGUUCAUCGCGCGCUAUGGGCUGAGGCCACUGGUGCUCACCCCGCAGCUGCCCCCACGCGCCAGGCUGGCCCUCCUGCUUGCUGGCCUGCUCAUCUUUGCCCUGGCGCUCUUCGGCAACGCCCUGGUAGUCUAUGUAGUGACCCGCAGCAAGGCCAUGCGCACCGUCACCAACAUCUUCAUCUGCUCCCUGGCACUCAGCGACCUGCUCAUCGUUUUCUUCUGCAUCCCGGUCACCAUGCUCCAGAACGUCUCAGACACCUGGCUGGGGGGUGCCUUCAUUUGCAAAAUGGUGCCAUUUGUCCAGUGCACUGCCAUUGUGACAGAAAUCCUUACUAUGACCUGCAUUGCCGUGGAAAGGCACCAGGGACUUGUCCAUCCUUUUAAAAUGAAGCGGCAGUACACCAAUCAAAGGGCUUUCACAAUGCUAGGGGUGGUGUGGCUGGUGGCCAUCAUCAUAGGAUCACCCAUGUGGCAUGUGCAGAGACUUGAGAUUAAGUAUGACUUCCUAUAUGAAAAAGAACACAUCUGCUGCUUGGAAGAGUGGAGCAGCCCCGUGCACCAGAAAAUCUACACCACCUUCAUCCUUGUCACCCUCUUCCUGCUGCCUCUGUUGCUGCUGUCUGUCCUCUAUGGGAAAAUCGGUUAUGAGCUUUGGAUCAAGAAAAGAGUGGGAGAUGGCUCAGUGCUCCGAACUAUUCAUGGAAAAGAAAUGUUCAAAAUAGCGAGAAAGAAGAAGCGGGCUGUGAUCAUGAUGGUGACAGUGGUGGUUCUCUUUGCUGUGUGCUGGGCACCUUUCCACGUCGUUCACAUGAUGAUUGAAUACAGUAAUUUUGAAAAGGAAUAUGAUGAAGUCACAAUCAAGAUGAUUUUUGCUAUAGUGCAAAUAAUUGGAUUUUUCAACUCCAUCUGUAAUCCCAUUGUUUAUGCACUCAUGAAUGAAAACUUCAAAAAGAAUUUUGUGUCUGCAGUUUGCUAUUGUGUAAUGAAAGAAACCCCCUCUCCAGCACAGAGGCAUGGAAGCUCCGGAGCCAUUGUGAUGCACAGAAGAGCGAAGUUAGCUGCGGGAGAGAAUCCUGUAGAGAUCAAAGGGGAAGCAUUUGGGGGCAGCAACAUCGACAUCAAGUGGUGUGAACAGCCAGAGAAGAAGAAGAAGAAGAGAUCUCAAGUGGCUUCUUGUCCUCUUUAGCUCUGAGUUCCUGAGAACUCUGCUGUAGACGUGGACACUGACUGUAACAGUGUCUUCAGAAUGAGGACCUGUUGUCCUGUAAUCUAAAGAAAAUCAUUUCGAGACAAAGUCAGAGGGCUUUCAUAUUUAAAAUGUUGACAAGCACUUGGAAGGCAGGGGCAGGGAAUUCAAGAGAUUAAAGUCUUCCUCAGCUGCAUGAUAAGUUUGAGGACAACCUGGGCUACAAGAGACCCUGUCACAGGAAGCCAUUUUAAAACAACCAUACUUACUAAUGAUAAUGACAAAGUAUUUUUCCAUCGAAAACACAUAUUAGCCGCAAUUUUGAAAAAUUAUUUAACCACACUUGUGAUUAAUAGGUGGAGUUUAGAAACAAUUUUAAUGUGUUUUUAUUGUAUGUAUGUGGGUGAUAAUCUGUGUACUACAUACAUGCCUGCAUUCCCACAAGGGCAAGAAGAAGGCACCUAGUCCCCUGGAGCUAGAGUUACAGAUAGUUGUGAGCUGUUGCAUGGAUCCUAGGAAUCAUGUCCACCAUAAGAGCAGCCGUCUCUCAUUCUCUCUGCUGAGUUUUCAAUAUCUUGUGUAAAACUCAAUGGUCUUAGAUAGUAAUUUUCUUCUGUAUGGUCAAUGUAAAAUGAUUUUCUCCAUAUUGCUAAAUUGGAUGAAAGCAUUAACAAUGUGUUUUCUUCCUAGAAUAUUAAUCUAGUAGAUGAGCAUCACACGUGACUGUCGAAGUUAUGCCUCAUUCUUUUGCAAAGAAAGCUUGUACCAAAGUGAGUAAGUCCAAGAAAAUGGAGAAGCAGCCAAGCAUGAGUGAAGUCAGCACUACAUUGAUUGGAGCUGCUUACAGCUCAAGGGACCAUUUCUGUGGUUACUGGACUCUUUCUUACCUCCUUUUCAAAAAUCUCUGUUUCUGUGCAAAUUGACACUGAUAUCUGCUCUACUUCAUGAAGUCACUAUGAAACUAAACGUGAGACACAUGGAAAAUAAUUUUGCAGUCUAGAGCAGUUUUGCAUUCUGAAGCAUUGUACUGCUCAUAUCUCCAGCCUCUUGUCUCCCUGCUCUGAGUUUAUUCUUGACCCUGUCCAACUUUUCCCUCAUAUACAUAUCUUGUUUCUCUACUAAAAGGAAUAGUUUAAGGGGCCUCAUGUAUUGACAGGGUAUAUAUAUAUAUAUAUAUAUAAUAUAAUUAUUUAAAAUAUAAUUACUUGAAAUGAACUCUACUGGUAUGAAAGAUCUUUCCUUAUAUAAAUGUAAUAUAUUGAUGAGGGUAUAUGACAUUUUGCGGUUCCAUGAUUGACCCAAGAGAUGGGUGAGGAUACUCAAUAGAUUUAUAUACCCUCUGAAACUUCUUUGUUCUUCUAACUCCCACAUGUCACAGACUCAGAGGCCACCAUCAGAACACAUGGCCCUUUCCUCUCCAACGUCUAAUACUUUCAAAUGCUAGUCGUAGCUUUGUAGCCUAAAUGUUUCUUCUGCCUCCACUUUCUAGCCUUGACUCUUCUCAGCUGAUAACAAAAAUGUCAAGAACGCUCAGGCUGUUUUGUGGUUUAAGACCUGGGAACCAAAAAGUUCAAGCUACUAGCUCCUCAGUACAGACUGUGAGUGUCAAUGAAGCAUGCAUGGAAACAAUGAAGAUGAAAUAAUGUGUGGUAUUAGAGGAGAGGAAAUGCCAAUAUGACAGGAAAACUAACAAAUCAAAGAGAAGGAGGGUGUUUUAUAUGUGUGAGAACGGGUUGUUUAGGUCAUGUUGUGAGCUGUGUGCCUGUUCUGCUUAGCUAUCCUGUUACAAAGCAUUAAAAUAAAUCUAAAUCAUUGA